AUGACUGGAAAGAAGAAGCGACAAAACCUCAAACCUACUACCUCUAGGGUUGCAAAACGACCAUCUUCUUUACCACGGCAGUAUGACUUCAUACCGACGGAUGCAUCUCAGUCCAUCCCACCGGUUCUUUCUAGGAGUAAUAAUCUCCCCUCCGUUCGCGAUUAUCCACCUCCGAGGAAUCUGUUUCCGACGACGACCUUCGCUCAGUCUCCUCUCACUCCAGCUGAUGGUAGUACAUCUAAACCUCAACAGCCUCAACAGCGACAAACUCAAUCGACUGAAAAUAUCAACCCCCGUCCACCAUCUCAAGUGCCUCCAGAUCGAGCAUCUCAAGUUUGGAAAUAA